AUGUCGAAGGACCCCGCAGCGCACGCGCUGGCGUUCCGCGUGAUGCGCCUGUGUCGCCCCGCGCUGCAGGCUGACCUUCCGCUGCGCUGCUCCGCGCACGACCUCUGGCUGGGGGAAGACGACCCGCCGCUCGCCUCCUCCGCGCCUCCGCCCCCCGACGACGCAGUCAGCACCGCCGCCACCGGGCUCGGCGGAGCUGGCCUGGGCGGCGCUGCGGGGGGCCGCGCGAGUGCGGGGGACGGGGGGUCGGGGCGCGGGUUGGGUGUAGUAGGCGCAGCAACGGCGGCGGCGGACAGCGACAAGUACUUCGCGAGCCGCGUGGAGCUGAGAUCGCCGUUAGACGCGCUAGGGCUGUCAGGCAUGCUUGUGCUGCCGCAGUCGUUCGGCUCCAUCCACCUGGGCGAGACGUUCUGCAGUUACAUCAGCGUUGGUAACCACAGCGACCGCCACGUCAGCAACGUCGUGAUCAAGGCGGAGCUGCAGACGGAGCGGCACCGAGUGGUGCUAGCAGACAACUCGAGCAGCCCGCUGGAGCGCAUUCAGGCGGGCGGCAGGCAUGACUUCAUCAUCGAGCAUGACAUCAAGGAGCUGGGCUCGCACACGCUGGUGUGUUCAGCGCACUACAUUGACUUUGGCGAGCACAAGGUGCUGCCGCAGUACUUCAAGUUCAUGGCUGCCAACCCCCUCUCCGUCAAAACCAAGGUGCGCACGAUCCGUGAGAGCACGUUUCUGGAGGCGUGCAUAGAGAAUGGCAGCAAGGCAGCGCUGUUCCUCGACCAAGUGCGCUUCGAGCCCACCCCCGCCUGGCAGGUGGCCCAGUUAGAGCCGGAGUUCACAGGCAAGGAGGAUGAAGAGGAGGAGGAUGGGGAGGAGGGCGCCAGGGAGGAGUGGGGAGGCGCAGCAGUGGCAGAUGAGGAGGACGACACAGUCACAGGGGUGGCGUGGAGCGAAGUCAGGGCGCUAUUCAAGCCGGUGGAUCUGAUUCGAGCCAACGGCGGCACGCGCCACUUCCUCUACCACCUGCACCGAACCCCCCCGCCCCCUGCUGCCGCCGGGGGAGGGGCGGCGGGGGAGGGAGGCGGGGGGGCCGCGGCGAAGGUGGAGGGGGGGAACACGCUGGGGCGGCUGGAGAUCCUCUGGCGGUCCACACUGGGGGAGCCGGGGCGACUGCAGACCCAGCAGAUACUGGGGAAUCCCAUAGCGCGCAAGGAGGUGGAGCUGAAGCUCGUCAGCCUGCCCAGCAGAAUCGUGCUCGAGCGACCCUUCCUCGUGCACUGUCGGGUGCACAACAACAGCGACCGCCCUUUGGGCCCGCUGCGAAUAGUCAUCGCCCGGGACGAGCCCGUCACUACCACCACCCCCAGAGCCAUCGUUGUCAGCGGCCCUUGGACCAUGACUAUCAUCAGCAUCGCUCCUAACUCAUCUGCCGAUUUCAAUCUGUCCAUGGUGGCACUAGCAAGUGGCGUGCACAAGAUAUCGGGGGUGGGGGUUGUGGAUGCACGGGACUCCAAGCCAUACGAUGCACUCACUCCCACCGAGGUCUACGUGGAGCUGCAAUGA